GCGAGCAGAGCGGCGCGGCGAGUCAUGGCGACCGCAGCCUCCAACCACUACAGCCUGCUCGCCUCCGGCUCGCCCAUGGUGCACGCCGAGCCGCCCGGCGGCAUGCAGCCCGGCGGAGGCUACCGCGACGCGGGCGCGCUGGUGCAGGCGGACUACGCGCUGCAGAGCAACGGGCACCCGCUGAGCCACGCUCACCAGUGGAUCGCCGCGCUGUCCCACGGCGGCCCCGGCGGCGGCGGCGGAGGAGGGGGCGGCGGCGGCGGAGGGGGCGGCGGAGGCGGCGAGGCUCCCUGGGCGGCGGCGGCGGCGGCGGCGGCGGGAGCGCUGGGCCCGCCCGACAUCAAGCCGGCCGCGGUGCAGGCGGCCCCGCGCGGCGACGAGCUGCCGCCGCCUCCGCAGCACCCGCCGCCGCCGGGCCGAGCCCCGCACCUGGUGCACCACGGCGGCGGAGGCGGCGGGCACCACGCGGCGUGGCGGGCGGGCGGCGCGGCGCACCUGCCGCCGGGCAUGGCCGCGGCCAACGGAGCGGCGCAGGCGGGGCUGCUGUACCCGCAGCCGCCCGGCUUCACCGUGAACGGCAUGUUGGGCGCCGCGCAGCCCGCCCUGCACCACCACGGCCUCCGCGACGCCCACGACGAGGCUCCCGGGCCGCCCGCGCCGCCGCACCACGGCGCCGAGCACCCGCACGGGCCGCACCCCGCGGGCGGAGCGGGGCCGGGGGGCGGCGGAGCGGCGGCGGCGGGAGGGCCGCACCACGAGGCGCACUCGGACGAGGACACGCCGACCUCGGACGACCUGGAGCAGUUCGCCAAGCAGUUCAAGCAGCGGCGGAUAAAGCUGGGAUUUACCCAAGCGGACGUGGGGCUGGCGCUGGGCACGCUGUACGGCAACGUCUUCUCGCAGACCACCAUCUGCCGCUUCGAGGCCCUGCAGCUCAGCUUCAAGAACAUGUGCAAGCUGAAGCCUUUGUUGAACAAGUGGUUGGAGGAGGCGGACUCCUCCACCGGCAGCCCCACCAGCAUCGACAAGAUCGCGGCGCAGGGCAGGAAGAGGAAGAAGCGCACCUCCAUCGAGGUGAGUGUUAAAGGCGUGCUGGAGACGCACUUCCUCAAGUGCCCCAAGCCCUCCGCGCAGGAGAUCACCUCGCUGGCGGACAGCCUUCAGCUGGAGAAGGAGGUGGUGAGAGUGUGGUUUUGUAACAGGAGACAGAAGGAGAAGCGCAUGACGCCGCCCGGGGGGACGCUGCCGGGCGCCGAGGACGUGUACGGGCCCAGCAGGGACACGCCGCCGCACCACGGGGUGCAGACCCCCGUGCAGUGACCUGGGCGCCCUCAUUCCCCCCCCCCUUUCCUCCUCCUCCUCCUUCCCCCGCCUUUCCGGCGUCCUCCUUUCAGUGUUGGGGUUGCUUUUUGUUGGUUUUAUUUUUUCUUUGUUUUUAAUUUUCUCCUCUCUUUCAAAAAAA